AUGUGUGAUUUGAGACGAGACUUGCUGGUGCACCCAGUUGUUGAGGAGGGAGCCAGAGGAGUCACUGCCUACCUGCCCGGCAAAGAUGAGGUCUGGUUCGAUGUCCACACCUUCCAGAAACACAACGGAGCCCAAAACCUUUACAUUCCUGUCACCAUGAGCUCUAUCCCAGUUUUCCAGCGCGGCGGUUCCAUAAUUCCCAGGAAGCUUAGAGUCCGCAGGUCCUCCACCUGCAUGGAGCAUGACCCCUACACUCUCUAUGUGGCUCUUAAUCUCCAGAGAACUGCAGACGGUGAGCUCUACAUAGACGAUGGCCAUACUUUCAACUAUGAAAAGAAGGAGUUCAUCUACAGGAAGCUUACCUUUGCCAACAAAGUCCUCUCUUCUGUUAACCUUGCUCCUGAUGCCAAGUUUACUACAGAUUCCUGGAUUGAACGUAUUAUCGUACUGGGAGCCAGUAAACCUAGCAAAGUUACCCUUAAGACUGCUGAUGGCCAAGAGAAGCAGCUGGAGUUCGAUUUUAACGCCUCCAUGUCUGUUCUGACAGUCCGUAAGCCCGGCAUGAACGCAGGGGCCGACUGGACCGUGACAUUUCAGUAAUCGUGAAAGAUGAAAGAAGAGGAAGCAGGAGGGGGGAAAACGGCUUAUUUGAACCGAAAGUGAGCAGAGGGAGAGAGAGGGAAACGGAAAUAAGGCACUAAUACCCAUAACUAACUAAAACAGAGUAAGAUAGGCAACAUGGUGGGGAAAAAAGGAUACACAAGACACUGAUUACACGCACACAGAGAUUCAUGUAUACCUGUUAGUCGAUCUGAGCCACUUUACUUUUCUGCCAUUUUCCUCUUGUGUUCACACUUUAAUACGUAACAGAGAGAGUUCAGGGUUAUUGCUAGAUGAACAAUUAUGUUUUGUCACAUUGCUCGACCUUUUUAAUUCAUGUCAUUGUUAGGAAUCUUUGGGGUAAGACAGAAACUUGUUUUUGUUUUGUUUUUUUUGUCCACUUCAUUUUCCAUCCAGUUUGCCUCAGAAAACCCCAAACCAAUCCACUGUUUUCCAUUUAAAAUGAAGGUUCACAUUCAAAGCCUCCAUCUGCUGCUGAUCCUCUCGAUGCUCAUCGAAAACUCAUUUCAUUCCUCUUUUAAGAAAAGCACUUAAAUUGACUUAGAUUCAGGCUGUCUUUGUUUGUUCCCUGUAUUCCAGAACUUGUGCACAUGGUUGAUCAACCGGCACCGAUCUGGUUACUUACCUGCUGCUCAGUGAGGGGAUUUGCAGCUGUUGUUUAGAACAAAGUUGGCAAUGGGAAUCACUUCAGGGGACUGAACCACUGACAAUUUGUGGCUCAUUCUGUUGAUGUGCUUUCAUUGUUUGAAUUUUUUUGUUUUCCUGCAUUGUUCAAGAGAUUUUCCUUAAAUGCACUUAAAGAAGAAUGAGAACUGAUUGAAAUGAUUCUGUGGAGGUGAGUUAUGCUCCACCUAGUCAAAUGAUCUGACCUUUUUUGUAGUUUUGUUCUGGGAGGGUUGUUUUUGUUUUUUUUGCUUGAUUGCUUUUAUGAUCACAACCAUACGCUUAGUUGCAUUUUCGUUGGUGAUGAACUGGUGGAAAUGGAAGUGAAGGAUCGGACUUCAGCUCUCAAAGUUGUCAGAUGUACUUUAAAAAGAUGAGACCAAGUGAAAAUAAAAUUGAUCAAAUGUAAACCUA